AUGGGAGUCGUACCAAAUUCCUGGAAAGGAGUUUGUCAACUUGGGGAUGAUUUCAACUCUUCAACUUGUAACAGGAAGAUCAUCGGUGCCCGGUACUACCUCAAGGGCUUCGAAGCAGAAUACGGCCCGGUGAACCGAAUGUUUGAAUCCCGUUCAGCCCGCGACAUGUUAGCACACGGGAGUUUGACGUCAUCCAUAGUUGUCGGGCGUCAGGUCGACAACGUCUCGUCGCCCUAUGGGUUCGCCCGAGGAACUGCCACUGGCGGGGCCCCCCUCAUCCGACUCGCCAUCUACAAGGUUAUAUGGAAGAUCGGUGAAUACGACACUGUAAUCGUGCCAGCGGAUAGCCUCGCCGCCGUCGACGACGCCAUCCACAUCCUGAGCAUAUCGUACGGAUACUCGAAUCACCCCACGCCGCUCAAUCAGGACCUCGUCUCGGUCGUCGCCCUCUAUGCAGCCAAGGCGAACGUUGUCGUGGCGGCCAGCGCGGGGAAUGAUGGUCCCAAGCCGGCCACCGCGAUUAACACUGCCCCGUGGCUGAUCACCAUGGGGUCAAGCAUCAUUGAUGGGAAGUUUUCGUCGGACAUUGUGCUCGGGACUGGGUUGACUGUCUCGGAAAUAGUGAAGCCGAUGGGAACCCUUUUGUUGUACGCCGCUGUUAUUCCGGCCACUAAAAUCACGCCAACUAAGACAGUUUUAGGCGCCAAACCAGCGCCUAUAGCGAAUGAUUUCUCCAGCAGAGGUCCCAAUGCAGCCACGCCCUUUAUUCUCAAGCCCGAUAUCACGGCUUCAGGGUAUUAUAUAUUAGGAGCAUGGUCAGGAGCAUCUCGUAAGUAUGGUGAUGUCAAAUAUGGCUUUUUGUCGGGCACUUCAAUGUCUUGCCCGCAUGUAGCCGGCGCAAUGGCACUUCUCAAGGCCGUGCACCGGGAUUGGAGCAGCGCCGCCCUACGAUCUGCCCUCAUGACAACCGCGGGACAGCUAAACAACGAGGGUAACCCCAUCACUACUGAUUACAACGACACGACCACCCCAUUCAUGAUCGGGUCGGGUUAUUUCAACCCGACAAAAGCAGUCGACCCGGGACUCGUCUACGAUGCUUCAUUCAACGACUAUCAUCUCUUCCUAUGCAGCAUUGGGAUUCACAAUCUUAGCUCUACAAAGUGCCUGGACAAUCCACCGCCUCCAUAUAAUUUGAACUACCCAUCACUGGCCAUACCCGACUUAAAAGGCACGGUUACCGUCGUUAGGACAGUCACGAAUGUGGGGUGUGGUAAGGGAGUCUAUUAUUUUUCCAAAGUCCAAUCUCCAAAGGGUAUUUUGGUAAAUAUACAGCCGCCCGUGCUCAAAUUUGACCGAGCCGGUGAGAAGAAAAGUUUCACCAUCACCGUAAAAACAGACAGUGCAUUUUCUGGGACUAUUGGGAAAGGCGAGUAUUUGUUCGGAGGCGAAUACGCAGCUCCAGGAGUGAAUAUAUUGGCAGCAUGGAGCGAAGCAAUUUCUCCGACACGUAUGCCCGAAGAUCGUCGGAUUGUUAAGUAUAAUAUAAAGUCUGGCACAUCAAUGUUGUGUCCACAUGUCACCGGGGCAUUGGCUCUGCUCAAGGCCGUGCACCCCAAUUGGAGUAGCGCCGCUUUAAGAUCUGCACUCAUGACCACUAGUAUAUAUUAA